CUCGACCAGCGUUAGCGGAAACGUCAUGAAGUGACAGCAGCAGCAGCGCGCGGUGAGUCGAGCGCUCGCCCCGUUUCCCGUUCUCCGUUCUCGGACGAAAUCCAACGUCCGUUCGGUCGAUCAGACCUCCGAUUCCCGGCCUAGCCAUGGACGAGCAGGCGGGCCCCGGUGUGUUCUUCAACAACAACAACAACUCGGUUCUUCCCGGCGGAGCGAAAGCGCCUCAACCGGGCGACGGUGGCGGAGAAAUGGCCCGCGCUCAGUACAGUAUCCCGGGGAUUUUACACUUUCUGCAGCACGAGUGGGCCCGGUUCGAGGUGGAACGGGCGCAGUGGGAGGUGGAACGAGCCGAACUGCAGGCUCAGAUAGCGUUCCUGCAGGGAGAGAGGAAAGGCCAGGAGAACCUGAAAAAGGAUCUGGUGAGACGGAUCAAGAUGCUGGAAUACGCUCUCAAACAGGAGCGGGCCAAGCACCACAAGCUGAAGUACGGGACGGAGCUCCACCAGGGAGACAUGAAGCCCCCCAGCUACGACUCCGAUGAAGGGAACGAGAACGAGGCUCUUCCUGAACCACCCAACAGUCAGCUGAGCUGGAAACAGGGACGACAGCUGCUGAGACAGUGAGUGACACACACACACACACACACACAGACACACACUCACAAACACACACUCACAGACAC